AUGCCGAAGUUCACUAAAAAACAAUUAGCAAUGAUUGCCUUAAUUUUGGACGACGAAGAAAAAAAAUUUAAUCGUACUAAGAAAACGUGGGUACGAAAAAUGUUUACUGCGAGGAAAUUCGUAGGAGAAUUUCACACAUUAUUUAAAGAAUUAGAAGAUGAAGAAAUUUCUUUCUAUAAAUAUUUUAGGAUGUCACAAAGUCAAUUUUAUGAACUUUUAACUAAAAUUCAAACUAAAAUUCAAAAACAAAACACUACAUUCCGAGAAGCUAUUAGUCCCAAGGAAAAACUAAUGGUCUGCUUAAGGUAA